AUUCACAUCGGGUUCGGUAUUUCAUAAACUCGCUCAAAAUGGUUCGCCAGAAAAACAGGUAUCUUUUGUGUGAAAUUGUUUAUAUGGAUGGUAAGAGAUUGAAAAGAAAUCUUAAAGAAAGAGAUAUUUACCAUUGUGUCCGAGAGGCGGUGGCCAGGGAGCAUGGCGACUAUGGAUUGGCUACAUGCAUAAAAUCCCUGUCAGUGCAGGCUUACUUCCACCCUAACAUAGUGAGGAUCAAGGUCUCAAGAGAUAGCCAUAAAAUGCUGCAGUCAGCACUGUUCUUUGUUCGUAAGAUUGGGCAGUACGAGGCUUUCUUCAACACACUUCACAUUUCUGGCACUAUAAGAACCUGCCAAAAAUUUUACAUCGGUUACCUGAGACGAGAACUUCCACAGCUUCUGAAGGAAUGUAGGACUCCAGAUGAGGAAAAGGAGGUGAAGAAGGCCAUUUCAUCCUGUGUUGCUGUAGAAGUGACUUGAGCAAGAUCAGGGAUACAGAGGGUAACACUGAAAUCCAGUACUAUACUGACUCUGAAGAACACUGGGGAAAUGUUACAGAGAUGGAGAGAAAAUGUUCAGCAACCUACAUUUAUCAGUGACUGUUAAUAGUAAACCUAACAUGACAUAUCAAAUAAUUCAAUAGAGAUUUUGAAUGAAUAAGUACAUGGGUGAACGCUCUUGCUCUGUCUUUUUUAAAUCAAAGCAUUAUCAAGAUAUACAUGUUAUAUUAUAUAUAAUUAUGUUAGUUCUUGAAAAGAAAAGGAAUUCAUAAUAAUUCAUUUCCUAAUUAUUUUCUUUGUAAAUAUGAAAUGAAUUUAACUAAAUGUAUCAUUGAGAUUCGAACCAGUGUGGUACAAUGUCAAAAAAAUAAAUCUUUACUAACA